GCUGAGGAAGCUGGCUUGGGUUUGAAUUUUGAGAUUAAGUGUGAAGCGCCGGGAGGCGGACAUUAAAGAGAAGUGGUCGCGGCGGCCUUUCUUGGGGCCUGAGAGAAAGAUCUAGGUAUUAUAUAAUCAGAAAUCAAGAUAAUCAACAAUGUCUGCCACUGAAGAAGACCUGUGUCACCACAUGAAAGUAGUUGUUCGUGUACGUCCUGAAAACACAAAGGAAAAGGCAGCUGGAUUCCGUAAAGUGGUCCAUGUCGUGGAUAAACAUAUACUACUUUUUGAUCCCAAACAAGAAGAAAUCAGUUUUUUUCAUAAAAAGAAAACCACAAAUUUUGAUAUUACAAAGAGACAAAAUAAAGAUCUUAAAUUUGUAUUUGAUACUGUUUUUGAUGAAACUUCAACUCAAUUGGAAGUUUUUGAACAUACAACUAAGCCAAUUCUUCGUAGUUUUUUGAAUGGAUAUAAUUGCACAGUACUUGCCUAUGGGGCCACUGGAGCUGGGAAGACCCACACGAUGCUAGGAUCAGUUGGUGAACCUGGAGUGAUGUACCUAACGAUGUUAGACCUUUACAAAUCCAUGGAUGAAAUUAAAGAAGAGAAAGUAUGUAGUACUGCAGUCUCUUAUCUGGAGGUAUAUAAUGAACAGAUCCGUGACCUCUUAGUAAAUUCAGGGCCACUUGCUGUCCGGGAAGAUGCUCAGAAAGGCGUGGUCGUUCAAGGACUGACUUUACACCAGCCCAAAUCCUCAGCAGAAAUUUUACAAUUAUUGGAUAAUGGCAACAAAAACAGGACACAACAUCCCACUGAUUUGAAUGCUACAUCUUCUCGUUCUCAUGCUGUUUUCCAGAUUUAUUUGCGACAACAAGACAAGACAGCAAGCAUCAGUCAAAAUGUUCGUAUUGCCAAGAUGUCAUUAAUUGACCUGGCAGGAUCUGAGCGUGCCAGUGCUACCAGUGCUAAAGGGACCCGGUUUGUAGAAGGCACAAAUAUUAAUAGGUCACUUCUGGCUCUUGGGAAUGUCAUCAAUGCCUUAGCAGACACAAAGAGAAAGAAUCAGCAUAUUCCUUACAGAAAUAGUAAGCUUACUCGCUUGUUAAAGGAUUCUCUCGGAGGAAACUGUCAAACUAUAAUGAUAGCUGCUGUUAGUCCUUCCUCUUUAUUCUACGAUGACACAUACAACACUCUUAAGUAUGCUAACCGUGCAAAGGACAUUAAAUCUUCUUUGAAGAGCAAUGUUCUUAACCUGGAUAAUCAUAUUUCUCAAUAUGUAAAGAUAUGUAAUGAGCAGAAGGCAGAGAUUUUAAUGUUAAAAGAAAAGCUAAAAGCUUAUGAAGAACAGAAAGCCUUUACUGAUGAAAAUGGCAAAGCAAAGUUAAUGACUUCAAAGCCUGAGGAAAAAGAAUUUGAAAGAUUUCACGAAAUUCUGAACUGCUUGUUUCAAAAUAGAGAAGAAAUCAGACAAGAAUAUCUGAAAUUGGAAAUGUUGCUUAAAGAAAAUGAACUUAAGUCAUUCUAUCAACAACAGUGUCAUAAGCAAAUAGAAAUGAUGUGUUCUGAAGACAAAGUAGAAAAGGCCACUUGCAAAAGAGAUCACAGACUUGCAAUGUUGAAAACUCGUCGCUGCUACCUGGAGAAAAAGAAAGAAGAAGAAUUGAAGCAAUUUGAUGAGAAUACUAAUUGGCUCCAUCGUGUUGAAAAUGAAAUGAGACUCCUAGGUCAAAAUGGUCAUAUUCCAAAGGAACUCAGUAAAGAUUUUCAUUGCCAUCAUCUGCACCUCCAGAACAAGGAUUUGAAAGCACAAAUUCGACAUAUGAUGGAUCUAGCCUGUCUUCAAGAACAACAACACAGACAGACUGAGGCAGUUUUGAAUGCUUUACUUCCAGCCCUAAGAAAACAGUAUUGCACUUUGAAAGAAGCUGGUCUAUCAAAUGCUGCUUUUGAGUCUGACUUUAAAGAAAUUGAACAUUUGGUGGAGAGGAAAAAAGUGGUGGUCUGGGCAGACCAAACUGCUGAACAUCCAAAGCAAAAUGACCUACCAGGGAUUUCUGUUCUUAUGACCUUUCCACAGCUUGGACCAAUUCAGUCUAUUCCUUGUUGUGCAUCUUCAAGUGAUCCUAACCUGCUUAAAAUUCCUCCACAAAAAAGAACUCGUAGAAAACUAAUGUCUUCUCCCUUAAAAGUCAAACAUACAGAAAAGUCUGCACUAUCUGAAAGUAUGCAUCUCAAUGAUUCUCUCAGCCAAGAACUUCAACCUAUUGUAUAUACUCCAGAAAACUGUAGAAAACCUUUUCAGAAUCCAUCUCCAAUAGCCUUAAUAAAGCCAUCAUCACAUACUGCGGGUUUUCAGGACAUCAGCUCAAACAGAAACAGUGAUAAUUCUCUAAAAAUGUUAUGUGAAGUAGAUAUCCCUCUUAACAGAAGAGAAUGUGAAGAGGAAAUUUUGGACUCUACAUUUACUAUAUGUGAAGACACUAGGAGCUUGAAGAGUAAAUUACCUGAACAAGAACCUCAACCAAACAACAAUAAAAACAUUUUACAAAGGCUGGACCCUUCAUUCUCAACUAAGCAUUCUAUGCCUCUACCAAGCGUGGUGCCAUCCUACAUGGCAAUGACUGCUGCUGCCAAAAGGAAACGGAAAUUAACAAGACUCUCAGUUUAUAUUUAAGCAAACUCGUGAUAAAUUUAUUUGAAUGAGCCACUGAAUUCAUGGUACUGAAGGGGGAUCUUGAAAAAGCCCAAGUAUUCCGUUUGAUAUUUACGUAAGUAUUCCAUAUUUCAGAUUAUUAAAAAUAAACUGAGGAGGCUUCUGGCUUACAAAAAUGUCACUUAAUUUUAACAUUUCUUCUAGUGAAAAUGUUUACUUAUUUGGUUAUUUUUCUUUUUAAGCAUUACUGAAAUUCUUCCAUCCCAGAAUUAUAUUAUUUGAAUGGAUUUUGAUAUAUGACUAACGUAUAAUGAGUAAGGAAACUUCUAUUUCUGACUAUGACAGCAUAAUUGUGUCAGUUCAAGCCACCCAUGAAAAAAAGUUGUAAAAGCUGUAUACAGAGGCCAGCGCUGUAGCACAGCAAGUUAAAGCCCUGGCCUAUAGCACUGACAUCCCAUAUAGGCUCUGGUUCUGGUCCCAGCUGCUCCCCUUCCAAUCCAGUUCUCUGCUGUGGCUUGGAGAGGCAGUGGAAGAUGGCCUAAGUCCUUGGGCCCUGCAUCCAUGUGGGAGACCCUGAGGAGGCUCCUGGUUCCUGGCUUCAGAUCAGUGCAGCUCCAGUCAUUGUGGCCAUCU